AUGUCGUUCUUUGAAAAUCUAUUUAAUCACGAUGAAAGCAGACAAGCUCACCAAGAUAUCUAUGGAGAUCAACCUCGACAUCAUUCAUCUUGGACGCAUGAACUAAUAUCAGGUGCAGCAGGCUUCGAAGCGAUGAAAGCUUAUGAAGAUCAUGUUCGUAGAACUGGCGAACAAGUCUCACAUCCGCUGAUGAAAGAAAUGCUUGCCGGCUUUGCCGCUGCUGAAGUCGAUAAACUUUUCGAAACGAAAGGACUUGAUUUUAUCGAUCGAGAAGAAGCGAAACGACGUGCAGUACAACAAGCACAUCAACUAGCGGAUGAGAAAUAUGGACAAGGUGAAACAUUUAACGAGGGUCAACAUCAUCAUCACCACCACCAUCUUUUCUCUUAA